AUGAAGGUCUUAUCCGUCUUAUUAUUAUCCGCUAUUGCAUCUGCUGCUGAAACUUCCUCAUCCCUUGCUCCAGCUUGUUCUGGUAGUUGUGUGGUUGCUCAAAAUCUUCAAAUGGCUUCCUGUCGUGAAGAAAACAUCUCCGAAGAUUCUUUGAAGAUUUUAGAAUGUACCUGUAACUUAUCAAGUGAAUAUUGGAUUCAAUUGAGUGACUGUGUUAUAAACUGUCCAACUUUCGCUUCUGGUGCUCCAAAGACUGACCCAACUAGUUUAAGAGAAUACAGCUGUAACGCUAUCAAGCCAUACACUACCUUCUCUGAAGAACCAAUCCUCACCACUGAUGACAGCAAUGCUAAGGCAGUCACCUCUGCUGCUAACACCACCGAAAGUUCCACCCAUAAGACAACUUCCAAUGGUACCAGUAUCACCACCCACGCUACAAGUUCUGAAACUUCCGCUACUACCAGUGGAUCAGAAACCACUUCUCACACUUCUUCUACUGAAAAGGCUGCUGCUGCUGCCUUAGGUGUUGGUUCUUUAGUUUACUUAGUUGGUGCUGUUUUGCUUUAA